UGUGUGUGUGUGUGUGUGUGUGUGAUCCUCUGGAGAUGCUCUUGUCAGUCAGUUCAGUCCUCAUUUAUUCCGUCACUGGUCUGUGUUCUUCUCAGAUGAGGCGCUAUUGUUCAGCUGUGUUUGAUUGUUUCUUCUUUUAAACCAGGAAACUGUUUGAUGUUGAGCGGAUGUUGAGUUUCUCUCGUAUCUUCACCAGCAGCGCGUGAGAUCGAUCUCCAUCAGUAAUGAGUGAACAAAGCAUCUGUCAGGCGCGGGCCACCGUCAUGAUGUACGAUGACGGCAGUAAGCGCUGGGUACCGGCCGGUUCUGGUGCUCAGGCCGUCAGCAGUGUUCACAUCUUCCAGAACCCCAGUAACAACAGCUUCAGGGUGGUGGGACGCAAACAACAGGCCGAUCAGCAGGUGGUCAUUAACUGUCCUCUGGUCCGCGGGAUCAAAUAUAACCAGGCCACUCCCACGUUCCAUCAGUGGCGUGACGCGCGGCAGGUCUGGGGAAUGAACUUCAGCAGUAAAGAGGACGCGGCUCAGUUCUCCAGCGCCAUGAUGCACGCUCUGGACAUGCUCAGCGGAGACGCCGGUGCAUGUCCUCCUCCUCCUCAACCACCUCCGAACGGCCCGAGCGCUGAGGAGAUAGAGCAGAAGAGGAGACAGGAGAAGCAGGAGAGAGAGCGACUGGAGAGAGAGAGACAGGCGUCUGCUGCUCCGGCCCCGCCUCCUGGUCCUCCUCCCGCUCCUGGCCCCGCCUCUGCACCUCCUCCUCCUCCCGGACCUCCACCCGCUCCAGGACCCCCGCCUCCCCCCCCACCACCACCUCCUUCAGGAGGAGGCCCACCGGCCCCCCCGCCCCCGCCCUCAGGAGGAGGAGGAGGAGGAGGAGGAGGAGGAGGAGGUGAUGGAGGGCUGGCCGCGGCGCUUGCUGGAGCUAAACUACGCAAAGUGGCCAAGGAGGACAGUGGAGCAGCGGCUCCUGCAGUGAGUGCCAGCACAGGAGGAGGUGGAGGAGGAGGUGGAGGAGGAGGAGGACUGAUGGGAGAAAUGAGUGCAAUUCUCGCUCGACGAAGAAAAGCUGCUGACACUCCAGCGGUUAAGAAAGAAGAAACCAGUAGCGCUGAUUCUGGGAACAAUGACUCCAGAGCUGCAGACGUGGUGAAGAAGCCCUGGGAGAAACCGUCGUCCGUGUCACGGCUGAACUCAGCGUCUAAGAGUCAGGACAAGAUCCCGGUGUCUCCUGCGACCACGGCUCCGUUGAGCAGGACGAGGCCCAGCAGCAGCACAGGAGACGCCGGAGACCUGGAGAAACUCAAACAGGACAUCCUGGAGGAGAUGCGCAGCGAGCUGCAGAAGGUGAAGGAUGAGAUCAUCAGCGCUCUGCUGGAGAAGCUGCAGAAGAUCAAUGCGGCGUAGCAACCAGAACCCAUGCACACGCUUCAAGAUGCAAGAAUCUCACUCCUGCACCCGACAUACUCACUUUUACUAUUGUAGUUUUACACCUGCUGCCCUUUACUUUUCUUAAUGUGAAUGUUCAUGAUCUCUAUUAAUUUGUUUCUGAUCCGCUGCUGUGUCGAGUGUUUAUUGUGUCUGUUGCAUGUGUUUAAAUCAUGAAGUGCUCUUACAUGUACCACCUGCAUCUAGAAAUGGUUUCACUAGUUAGUUGUUUACAUCUUCAAUGAUAAGAAUGCAUGGGAUUCUGUGCAAUUGCAGGUUAUUUAUCUUGCACUGUUAUGUAAACUGUCUUUGACCCGCAAGAGAGUGUUAGCGGGUCAGUGGAAAAGCUUGGACAAAAACCAUAUAUAUAUAUAUAUAUAUAUAUAUAUAU